AGAUUGUCUCUCCCCUCUGCAGAUUCAAUGAAAGGUGCAGGAAAAAUUGAAUGAACGAAGAUUUGGCUCUGCAGGGAAAGAAAUAAAGAUUUUGGCCCACGAUGUCCCACUUCAAACUGGAAAAUGACAUAAAUCAGCUAGUAAAAAUGGAUGGCCCUGUCUCAUCUGCAUUGGGCCCAGUUCCCCGCUGGCAAAGGAAGGCAUCAGAAAACAGCAUUAACAGUUGUAGCAUGAAUGGCUCAUCAGCCAUGCUGAGCUCAAGUCUGAAGGAUCUUUCCCUUCAAGGGAAUGUGAGUUUGUCUAAGACACCUACUCGUAAGACCCCAUCUGGAAAGGCCAAGACUCCUUCAGGGAAGACACCAUCUGGAACUGGAAAGAUGUCUGCUAAGAAGAGUCCAAAGACUCCAAAGGAGGAACACGGUGACCGCUUCAUACCCUGCCGCAGCCAGAUGCAGUUUGAAGUUGGAUAUCACAAGUUACAAGGAGAAGUAGACAUGGAGGAAGAGGCAUUGAGUAGUCCAGGAAAGAAGGAAUUCCGGCGUGCUAUGAGAGAGGGCUUGACUGGAGGGAGUUUGGAGAAUGUACGAAUCAUGGCAUAUUGCAGCAAGCCCCCAGCAGCACCUGAGGGCCAUGUCAAUGGAUCAAAAGUCCUUUAUAGUCAGAGCAAUGUACUUUCUGCUCGCAAACCACCUCGGCACAUCCCCAGGCAGUCUGAACGCAUUCUUGAUGCUCCCAGCAUUAAGGAUGACUAUUACCUGAACAUUUUGGAUUGGAGUAUUAAUAACCACUUGGCCAUAGCCCUUGGAAAGAGCAUCUACAUAUGGAAUGCAAGUACUGGGGAGAUCCAUGAGCUCUUCUCAUUGGACUCACAGACUGAAUAUGUGUCCUCUCUGGCUUGGAUUGGGGAAGGAACAUUCUUGGCUGUUGGUCUUAGCACUGGAGAUAUCCAGCUGUGGGAAGUUGGUGUGUUGAAGAGAGUGAGGAUAAUGGGAGGUCAUACAGGGCGAGUGGGAAGUUUGGCAUGGAACCAACACAUCCUGAGCAGUGGGAGCCGUUCUGGGAACAUCCAUCAUUCUGAUGUCCGCAUAGCUCAGCAUCAUGUCGCCACUCUUUCAUCUCAUACACAAGAGGUUUGUGGGCUGAAGUGGUCAGUGGAUGGGAGAUAUCUUGCAAGUGGUGGGAAUGACAACAUCAUUAACGUAUGGCCAUCCAUUCCAGGCAGAAUUUACACCCAGAAUCAGCCACUUCAUACCUUCACAGAACAUCAAGCAGCAGUGAAAGGCCUUGCUUGGUGUCCUUGGCAGCCACAUGUACUUGCCAGUGGUGGAGGAACCAAUGAUCGAUGCAUUCGAUUCUGGAAUGUCAACAUGGGGACAUGUCUCAAUUCUGUGGAUACCAAAUCUCAAGUCUGUGCUCUGCUCUGGUCUGCUGAGUAUAAAGAGAUUAUCUCAAGUCAUGGAUAUGCCAACAAUCAGCUCAUCAUUUGGAAAUAUCCUUCCAUGGAUAAAGUUGCAGAGCUGACAGGUCACACUCAGAGAGUCUUACACCUGGCCCUUUCUCCCGACGGCACCACCGUGGCUUCGGCUGCAGCCGACGAGACCCUGCGAUUGUGGAAGUGCUUUGCCGUGGAUCCCAGCAAGAAGAAGAAGGACGCCAAGCCUAAGGCAUCCCCGACACAGAUGAAAUUUCUCGGCAUUCGUUGAUCGUUGACUCGUACUCUAUUAUGUCUGUGUUUUGUAAAAAGAAUAUAUAUAUGACUCUGAUACAACAUUUAGA